AUGAGUUUCAUGUCCAUUGGGUCUUCUUGGUGCCUUGUUCUCACGUUGAUGAGAAUGAUGUGCAUGUUCUUUGACCAGUCUUGCCCCACGGAAUGGGUUAUGUUAGAUGGUUCUUUCUGGGUUCCUUUGCACCUGGGAUCUACCCAUGCCAAACGCGCCUCAGUCGCCUCGGUCGGUCGCCUCAGUCGCCUCGGUCGGACCAGUCUCACUGUUCAAACCUGCAAAGUUUUGUUUGCAGAGCUGCAGGUUCGAGGGCUCCCGGCCAAUUUCUGUGUUUGUGAGGAUGCAUCCACGGGCCUCCCAAGGAUUCGCAGUGAUCUCUUUGGAAGCUUUGAUGCCGUCAACACAUUUGUUGUGUCCGAAAAGUGCAUUCUUUCAGCUUGA